AUGUUCAGUCAUAUCGGAAAUUAUUAUAAUGGAAACUGGAAGGGUGAGAAACCUCUGCGAGAUGACAAAUCAGAAUGUAAUUUUCACCUGGCUCGUAUUUUAGAGUAUUUGGAGUGUCCACAGUACUUGAGGAAAGGACUUUUUCCAUUACAGAAGUCUUUGUCUUGUGCUGGUGUACUAAAUCCUUUGGACUGUCCUCACCAUUUGCGUGCUAAUGAUUUUUCAAUUCCUUACCGGGAAGGAAUAGUUCUCGAUAAACCAGUAAAAAAGGGACGCGGACCAUACUGCGACGUUGGCCUUGAUAAAGAACUAGAAUUAGAAAAAGAGAUUGAACUGCCACCGUUGACUCGUAUUACGGUAGAACUAACAGACAUCAACCCUGAUGCGAAGCGUUAUCGGGGUCAGAUAUCAAGUCCAAGCCGCAUUCGUCGUGUAGCUGGCAUUUAUUGGGGUUACAAUGUACGUCUCGCUAGAAGUCUCUCUGAUGCUUUAAAAACCGACCCUCCAUAUGAUUUGAUACUGGGUACAUCAGAGAGAGGAGUGCCCAUCGAAAAAGUGCAUCUUCCAACAGCGAAGAAAAGCAGAAUUCUGGUUGUAUUUGGAGGUUUGAGCGGGCUAGAAGCUGCAGUAGAAGCGGAUGAAGAACUUUUGUCUAACAGUCCUGACGAGAUCUUUACUCAUUAUAUUAAAAUUGCUGAUGGACAAGGGAGUCGAACAAUAAGGACAGAAGAAGCCGUUUUAAUGACUUUAGCUAUACUGAAGUCGCGACUCGACUUCCCUAUUGCUUCAAAAUAA